AUGAUAUUUGGUGUUUGCAUCAAGUUCGGUAACGAUGCUUACAUGAGGGAGUGGAUUGACUUCAUCUUCGUUGCCAUUCCCCAGAUGGUCUUCCUGUUGGGCUUCUUUGGUUACAUGGACUGGAUGAUCAUGUAUAAGUGGGUUACUCCUGUUACUCAGGACCCUACCCUUAACGGUGCCCCCUCCCUGAUUAACACCUUGAUCUCGUUCGGUCUCGGCCAAGCUGAUAAGCAACCUCUGUUCCUCGCCCAGCCUGCCGUUCAAAAGUGGCUCAUGCUUGCUGUGGUGAUAUCGGUCCCUGUUAUGCUCUUACCUAAGCCGAUUAUUAUUCAAAUCCAGAGGUCUAUCAGAAAUAAGAAGAACAACCGUAACGCUGUUGCCAAUGACGAUGUAGAAGCGCAAGCCCUCAUCACGAAGGAGAGUGAGACUGACGAGGAGCUUGAGGAAGAGGGUAUGGAUGAGGUCUGGAUCUACCAGAUGAUCGAGACCAUCGAAUACGUGCUUGGUUGCGUAUCCCAUACUGCGUCAUAUUUGCGUCUUUGGGCUUUGUCCUUGGCGCAUCAGCAGCUUUCUGUGGUGUUCUUCCAGAUGAUUAUGCAGGGCGCUCUCCAGUCCACUAGCUGGGCCAGCCCUAUCUUCAUCUACUGCGCUUUCGCCGUCCUCUUUGGUAUCACCUUGGGUGUCCUUAUGUUCAUGGAUGUCUUGGAGUGUUUCCUCCAUACCUUGCGUCUGCAUUGGGUGGAGUUCCAAUCCAAGUUCUACAUGGGUGAUGGAUACUCCUUCGUGCCGUUCUGCCACUUCGACAUUAUCAAGGAUGAGCUUCAGGCUUAAGAAACAGUAGAUGCUGAUGACGUGUUUACUACUACUACUUGAAGGAAGCGAUAGACGAUUCUUCUCGUGUUUAUUCAACUCCUCCUUUUUCAUACAUUCGAUUCGCCAUUUAUUGCAUCCACAUCGUGGCGUCCCAAGAUUGUACUAAGUCUCUUAUGAGUA